AAGGCAAGUCCCUCUGCUACAAUGAGCUCUGAACACGAAGAAAUUGAUGUUGCAAAAACUGUUGUCAAUGGGCUGAGCAGCAAUGGACAAGAAAGAGAAACAGAUCCCACUAAAGUCUGCAGCGGAAAAGGAGCUGUGACUCUCCGGGCAUCUCCAGCCUACGAACAGAAUCAGAGUAUCACUUCACCAUGUCCUCAGGAUGUUGAGCAGCCUGAAAAUGAUUGGAGGUCGUCAUCUAACACUGACGCCAAUGGGGAUGCCCAACCAUCUUCUCUGGCUGCCAAGGGUUAUAGGAGUGUGCGUCCGAACCUUUCCUCAGACAGCAAGCCACAGGAUGCCACUGCCACCACCACAGCUCAGCCUGGGGUUAUAGUAGUCCCCCUCCUCCAGGUUAAUCCAGACAGACAGCAAGAAGGCAACUCCAGCACUCCACCACCACCUCUGGUUCCUUUUGGGCAAGGCUCCGUAUUCCCUGAGACUGUUUCUCCUGGCUCACCCUUGACUUUUCCGACUCUAGAUGAUUUCAUUCCCCCACAUCUCCAGAGGGGUUCCCACCAUAACCAAGCACCCUCUGCAUCUGGCACAUUACCCUCUGUUUACCCGAAACUGCCAUUCUUCUCAUCACCACCUUCACUUGUCCCUCCAGUCACGGGGGCUUUGCACAGGGGCUUGAAGCCUGAAAUCACUGGAGUCAUCUCACAUACAGACCCAGGUCCUGUCCUAAAUGAAGUGCCCCAGCUGGGCACUGGCACUGACUAUCCAACCUCCUUCACUUCAAUCAACAAGUCUUCUUCUGCCUAUCCUUCUACCACAAUUGUCAAUCCCACUAUUGUCCUCUUGCAGCACAAUCGAGAACAGCAAAAAAGGCUUAGUAGCCUGGCAGAUUCAGUGCCAGACAGACUAGUUUCUGAUAAAGUUGAUUCAGCACUCACACGGGACAAGCCGGUUCAGGAGACAGUGCCAAGAGAGAAGAGGGCAAUGGAGGAGAAGAGAAGCAUUGUCAAGAGCCCUCUGCACAUGGCUGACACCUCCGUCGAUGAUAUUGGCAUUCCUCUGAGGAAUACAGACAGAUCAAAGGACUGGUACAAGACAAUGUUCAAACAGAUCCACAAGCUAAAUAGAGAUGAAGAUUCUGAUUCAUACUCUCCCCGUUAUUCCUAUUCGGAGGACAGUAAAACCCAGCUUUCAGUUCCCCGCUCCAAGAGUGAGAUGGACAAUAUCGAUUCAGAGAAGGUUGUUAAAAGGUCUGCCACUUUGCCGCUACCAAACCGUACUUCAUCGCUGAGAUCAAGCCCAGAAAGGACCGACUGGGAGCCUCCAGACAAGAAGGUGGACACCAGAAAAUACCGUGCAGAGCCCAGGAGCAUUUAUGACUAUCAGCCAGGAAAGUCCUCAGUUCUGAACAAUGAAAAGAUGACUCGGGAUAUAAGCCCAGAAGAGAUAGAUUUAAAGAAUGAACCUUGGUAUAAAUUCUUUUCGGAAUUGGAGUUUGGGAAACCGCCUCCAAAAAAGAUUUGGGAUUAUACUCCUGGAGAUUGCUCUAUCCUUACUAGAGAGGAUAGAAAGACUGAUCUAGAAAAAGAUCUCUACCUCUACCAGACUGAGUUAGAGGCAGAUUUAGAAAAAAUGGAGAAGCUUUAUAAAGCGCCACAUAAAAAGCCACAGAAGAAUACAGCAGGUGUUACUCCUCUGGAAACUUCCACAGACCAUUCUUCCUACUCCACAUAUUCACCCAACUACCAUGCAGUGAAGAGGGAGUCAGAACCAGCACUGGGGGACCCUGCUGGCUUGGAGAAUGAAAGGCAGAUUUACAAGAGUGUGCUGGAAGGUGGAGAUAUCCCGUUCCAGGGUCUGAGUGGUCUCAAGCGACCUUCUAGCUCUGCUUCCACAAAAGAUUCAGAAUCACCAAGGCAUUUUGCACCAGUUGAUUACAUGGAAACUCCAGAAGAAAUUAUCCGCAGACGGCAUGAUGAUAAAGAGAUGAGACCUGCUAGAGCCAAGUUUGACUUUAAAGCACAGACACUGAAGGAACUUCCUCUGCAAAAAGGAGAUAUUGUUUACAUUUACAAACAAAUUGACCAGAACUGGUAUGAAGGCGAACACCAUGGCAGAGUUGGCAUCUUCCCACGAUCGUACAUAGAGCUCCUCCCACCAGCUGAGAAAGCUCAGCCCAAAAAGCCAUCACCAUUGCAAGUAUUGGAAUAUGGAGAUGCAAUUGCUAAGUUCAACUUCAAUGGAGAUACCCAAGUGGAAAUGUCCUUCAGAAAGGGUGAAAGGAUCACGUUGAUUCGACGAGUGGAUGAGAACUGGUAUGAAGGAAAAAUCUCUGGCACAAAUCGCCAAGGCAUCUUCCCUGUCACUUACGUGGAGGUGCUCAAACGGCCAGUCGUCAAGAAUGCCAUCGACUAUCCUGACCCACCAAUGUCCCUCUCCCCUAACCGCAGCAUGACAGCUUCACCACAGCAACCUCAAGCACAGCAGCAAGGAGCCAGCCCUGACAGAAGUCAAACACCACGAGACAUAGUUAGCUACCAAGCCCUCUACAGCUACACCCCUCAGAACGAUGAUGAGCUGGAACUGAGGGAUGGUGACAUUGUCGAUGUCAUGGAGAAAUGUGACGACGGCUGGUUUGUGGGUACGUCCAGGAGGACGCGGCAGUUCGGCACCUUCCCAGGCAACUACGUGAAGCUUCUGUACCUGUAA